AUGAGUGCGUUGGUUCUGCGCCUCAGACGGGCAGGCAUCAACACGCAAGUUUUGCAGGUGCAGUCCCGGUCCCCCCCUUCCCCCUCUCCUGCAUGCUUUCCACUCACUCCAGCCCCGCUUCCCCCUCUCCUGCAUGCUUUCCACCCACUCCAGCCCCGCUUCCCCCUCUCCUGCAUGCUUUCCACUCACUCCAGCCCCCCUUCCCCCUCUCCUGCAUGCUUUCCACCCACUCCAGCCCCCCUUCCCCCUCUCCUGCAUGCUUUCCACUCACUCCAGCCCCCCUUCCCCCUCUCCUGCAUGCUUUCCACCCACUCCAGCCCCCCUUCCCCCUCUCCUGCAUGCUUUCCACUCACUCCAGCCCCCCUUCCCCCUCUCCUGCAUGCUUUCCACUCACUCCAGCCCCCCUUCCCCCUCUCCUGCAUGCUUUCCACCCACUCCAGCCCCGCUUCCCCCUCUCCUGCAUGCUUUCCACUCACUCCAGCCCCGCUUCCCCCUCUCCUGCAUGCUUUCCACUCACUCCAGCCCCCCUUCCCCCUCUCCUGCAUGCUUUCCACUCACUCCAGCCCCCCUUCCCCCUCUCCUGCAUGCUUUCCACUCACUCCAGCCCCCCUUCCCUCUCUCCUGCAUGCUUUCCACUCACUCCAGCCCCGCUUCCCCCUCUCCUGCAUGCUUUCCACUCACUCCAGCCCCCCUUCCCCCUCUCCUGCAUGCUUUCCACCCACUCCAGCCCCGCUUCCCCCUCUCCUGCAUGCUUUCCACUCACUCCAGCCCCCCUUCCCCCUCUCCUGCAUGCUUUCCACCCACUCCAGCCCCGCUUCCCCCUCUCCUGCAUGCUUUCCACUCACUCCAGCCCCCCUUCCCCCUCUCAUGCAUGCAUUCCACCCACUCCAGCCCCCCUUCCCCCUCUCCUGCAUGCUUUCCACUCACUCCAGCCCCCCUUCCCCCUCUCCUGCAUGCUUUCCACUCACUCCAGCCCCCCUUCCCCCUCUCCUGCAUGCUUUCCGCCCACUCCAGCCCCCCUUCCCCCUCUCAUGCAUGCUUUCCACUCACUCCAGCGCCCCUUCCCCCUCUCCUGCAUGCUUUCCACUCACUCCAGCCCCCCUUCACCCUCUCUAA